CGGGGUGAGAGGUCAACGCAGAGCCAGUGGACCAGGGCGACAAUGGCGGGGCUCUGGGCUGGGACAGUAGCGUUGGUCGCUGCAGGACGGCGCGGGCGGCAGCCUCCGCAGCAGCUGAUGCGGACUGCCGCGCUGUGGACCCUGAAGCAUGCUCCACGCUAUUCAAGACAGUGCUCAGUUGUGUCCCGUACUCUCAAUUCAGUGGGAUAUAAUCCAAAUGAAAAAACUUUUGAUAAAAUUCUUAUUGCUAAUAGAGGAGAAAUUGCAUGUAGGGUAAUUAAAACUUGCAAGAAGAUGGGAAUUAAGACAGUUGCCAUCCACAGUGAUGUUGAUGCUAGUUCUGUUCACGUGAAAAUGGCGGAUGAGGCCGUCUGUGUUGGCCCAGCUCCCACCAGUAAAAGCUACCUCAACAUGGAUGCCAUCAUGGAAGCCAUUAAGAAAACCAGGGCCCAAGCUGUACAUCCAGGUUAUGGAUUCCUUUCAGAAAACAAAGAAUUUGCCAGGUGUUUGGCAGCAGAAGAUGUCACUUUCAUUGGACCUGACACACAUGCUAUUCAGGCCAUGGGUGACAAGAUUGAAAGCAAAUUAUUGGCCAAGAAAGCAAAGGUUAACACAAUCCCUGGCUUUGAUGGAGUAGUAAAGGAUGCAGAUGAAGCCGUCAGAAUUGCGAGGGAAAUUGGCUACCCUGUCAUGAUCAAGGCCUCAGCAGGUGGUGGUGGGAAAGGCAUGCGCAUCGCUUGGGAUGAUGAAGAGACCAGGGUUGGUUUUAGGUUUUCAUCUCAAGAAGCUGCUUCUAGUUUUGGUGAUGACAGACUACUAAUAGAAAAAUUUAUUGAUAACCCUCGUCAUAUAGAAAUUCAGGUUUUAGGUGAUAAACAUGGAAAUGCUUUGUGGCUUAAUGAAAGAGAAUGCUCAAUACAAAGAAGAAAUCAGAAGGUGGUGGAGGAAGCACCAAGCAUUUUUUUAGAUACUGAGACUCGAAGAGCUAUGGGAGAACAAGCUGUAGCCCUUGCCAAAGCUGUAAAGUACUCCUCUGCAGGAACUGUGGAGUUUCUUGUGGACUCCAAAAAGAAUUUUUAUUUUCUGGAAAUGAAUACGAGACUUCAGGUUGAGCAUCCUGUCACAGAAUGCAUUACUGGCCUGGACCUAGUCCAAGAAAUGAUCCGUGUUGCUAAGGGUUAUCCUCUGAGGCACAAACAAGCUGAUAUUCCCAUCAAUGGCUGGGCAGUGGAAUGUCGAGUUUAUGCUGAGGACCCCUACAAGUCUUUUGGUUUACCGUCUGUUGGGAGAUUGUCUCAAUACCAAGAACCUAUACAUCUACCUGGUGUCCGUGUUGACAGUGGCAUCCAGCCAGGAAGUGACAUAAGCAUUUAUUAUGAUCCUAUGAUUUCCAAAUUAAUCACAUAUGGCUCUGAUAGAACUGAAGCACUGAAGAGAAUGGAAGCUGCCCUGGAUAAUUAUGUUAUCCGAGGUGUUACCCAUAACAUUGCAUUACUACGAGAGGUGAUAAUCAACUCACGCUUUGUAAAAGGAGAUUUCAGCACUAAAUUUCUCUCUGAUGUAUAUCCCGAUGGCUUUAAAGGACACACGUUAACAGAGAGCGAGAAAAACCAGUUAUUGGCAAUAGCAUCGUCAUUGUUUGUGGCGUCCCAGUUACAAGCACAGCAUUUUCAAGGAUAUUCAAGAGUUCCUGUUGUUAAACCUGACUUGGCUAAGUGGGAGCUCUCAAUAAAGCUGUGUGAUGAAGAGUAUUCUGUCCUAACAUCACACAGUGGGUCAACAUUUUCUGUGGAAGUUGAUGGGUCGAAACUAAAUGUGACCAGUACGUGGAACCUGGCUUUGCCCUUACUGUCUGUCAACGUUGAUGGCACUCAGAGGACUGUGCAGUGUCUUUCUCGAGAAGCAGGUGGAAAUAUGAGCAUUCAGUUUCUUGGUACAGUGUACAAGGUGCAUAUCCUAACCAAACUUGCUGCAGAGCUGAACAGAUUCAUGCUGGAUAAAGUGGCUGAAGACACAAGCGGCACUCUGUGCUCCCCGAUGCCCGGAAUGGUGGUGGCCAUCUUUGUCAAGCCUGGAGACAUGGUAGCAGAAGGUCAGGAACUGUGUGUGAUUGAAGCCAUGAAAAUGCAGAACAGUAUGACAGCCGGGAAGAAUGGCAAGGUGAAAUCGGUGCAUUGUAAAGCUGGGGACACAGUUGGAGAAGGCGAUCUGCUGGUGGAACUGGAGUGAAGUAUUUCCAGCCUCUCAA